AUGUCGAACCUCAAGGCAAUGCUCAAGUCCAUCAACGAUGCCAUUCGGCAGCAAGACUUUGACGAAGCCAUAGUCAAGGCCCAGGAGCUUCUACGCAAGGAGCCAAAGAGCUACCAAGGGCACAUCUUCCUGGCCUUUGCGCUGGACCAAAAGAACAAGCCGGAAGAGGCAGAAAAGGCUUACCUAGCAGCCACGUCGCUUCGGCCCCAGGAUGCGCCAGCGUUCCAGGGACUCAUCAAGCUGCACGAGAGGCAAGGCACUAACAAGCUGGCCAAUUACCAGCGCGCCGUGGUCAGCCUGGCCCGCAUCUUUCACGAUGCAGACGACAUGUACAAAUGCCAAGACGUCGUGGACAAGUUUGUCGACUUUGCCAGGGUGCAUGGUGACCAGCUGCAGUACGCGGAUGCCCUAUGGAUUCAGCUCCCAGAGAGCCCUCUGUACCCCAUCUUGGAGGGCCGAUUUCCCAAGCCGGCGAGGACCUACGAAACCAUCGCGCACAUCCUCCAAGAGUUUGAGAAGAAGCGCAUAAACACUCUCAUCGGCGAGCGACGCACUCGACUUGGUGCCAAACUCAGCGACGUCACCGUAGAGGUCAAGCGCGAAGUCUAUGGCCAGAGCAAACUCGAGUACAUCUAUCGCCGUCUCAUUGACUGGACCAGCGACGAUGACCUGAGGCGGCUCUACGAAGAGAAGCUGCUUCAGUACUGCUACGACCGCCUUCUCGUCGCGCCACCGGCAGCCAAGCCAGAGCAGCAGGCUGCCGUGUUCGGCCUGGCCAAGGAUAUGGUCAUCAUCAAACACCCUUUCAAACUUGCCUGGGACAUUGCUGUCAACUGGCAAGACAACAAGGAAAUUGUGGACUGGGACGCCGACUUGCUGCGGAGUUACUGCUCCUUCUUUCCAGAUAGUGAUCUAUACAAGGUCAUCACGGCAUAUUUGACCGCCACCUUUUCGCCCUUUCCUGCUGCGAAAAAGGUCGAGUCUCAGGAGGCCACGGCGGUGGCGUCAGACGACAGCGAGGACGAUGACGAAGACGGUGGCGCCCCUACAUCUUUCGUGCCGCUGACCGACGAGGACCGCCUGAUCAUGAUCACCGAGGGCAUGAGCACCAUGGAAUCAACUCUGGCGUACCGGCUCGUCGGCCAUUACUUUCUGCAGCUGGGCGAGUACGAGAGCACUGUCGAGUUCAUGCGCAAGGCGCAGCAGUUCGUGACGAGGGAGCGCGCAAGGAUCGGGUUGCAAUUUCAGAACACGCAAGAUGCCUAUUCGGUGUGUCUUGCCACGGCCCUGGUCUACUACCAGUCUCCACGGCACCACCAAGAGGCAAAAGCCAUGUUUGAUGGCGUUCUCGAGCGUGAUGAGACUUGCACCUCGGCACUGAUUGGUGUCGGGUUGAUCUUUGAGGAGGAGCAAGAAUUCGACCAGGCCAUCGAUUUCCUCGGCCGGGCCCUCGAGAGGGACACCUCCAACCUCCGCAUCAAGUCGGAGGCGGCUUGGGUCAAGGCCCUGAAGGGGGACUGGCCGAUGGCCAGGGAUGAACUCUUGACCUGUAUCAAACCGCUCGAGCAGCAAGACGCCGUCGACAAGGACCUGCUCGCAGACACCCAGUACCGCGUCGGAUGCUGCGUCUGGAACCUGGACACGAGCCGGCAAGCGAGAAAGCAACGCAAGGGCGAGAGUGCAUAUGCAUACUGGCUGGCUGCGCUCAACAACAACCUGAACCACGCCCCGACGUAUACCAGCCUCGGUAUCUUCUACAGCGACUACGCCAAAGACCGGAAGAGGGCACGCCGCUGUUUCCAGAAGGCGCUAGAGCUCUCCUCUGCGGAAGUUGUCGCCGCCGAACGGCUGGCUCGGUCUUUUGCCGAGGACGCGGACUGGGAUCGUGUCGAGCUGGUGGCGCGGCGGGUGGUCGACUCUGGCAAAGUGAAGCCCCCGCCAGGGUCCAAAAGAAAGGGAAUCAGCUGGCCGUUCUCCGCACUGGGUGUUGCUGAAUUAAACAAGCAGGAGUUUCACAAGGCCAUCGUCUCUUUCCAGUCGGCCUUGAGACUCUCGCCCAACGACUAUCACUCGUGGGUUGGGUUGGGGGAGAGCUACCAUAGCUCUGGACGAUAUAUCGCUGCGACCAAGGCCAUCCUACAAGCGCAGAGUCUGGAGCCAGGCGCCCAAGGAGAUGUCUUGGAGGACUCGUGGUUCACCAAGUACAUGCUUGCCAACAUUCGACGCGAGCUGUGCGAGUUUGACGAGUCCAUCGCCCUGUACCAGUCGGUCUUGGAAACGCAUGCAGGGGAGGAGGGCGUUGUCAUUGCGCUCAUGCAAACAAUGGUGGAAAGCGGUCUUGCGAGCGUGGAAAAGGGUCUGUUUGGAAAGGCCGUACAGCUAGCCAUCGACACGGUUGAUUUUGCCGCCACCACGAGCGGACACGUUCGGGAGACGUUCAACUUUUGGAAGAGCAUCGCCGACGCGUGCUCCAUCUUUUCAUCAGUCCAAAGCCGCUUGGCCGACUUUCCCACCCAGGCCAUCAAAGAAUUGUUGCACAGCAGCGACCAGCAGGCAUUCGACCUGCUCACGAGUGUCGACAAGGUCGGCACCGACGUCGUCUACGCAAAGGGCAUAUACGCCAACGAUGAGCAGACGGGGGUGGACCUCACGAGAUGCGUGCAUGCGACAAUUCUGUGCCAUAAGCAGGCGAUAUAUGUUUCGUCCGGCGACGUGCAUGCACGAGCCGUGGCUCACUACAACCUGGGAUGGGCUGAGUUCCGGGCUCACGCCUGUCUCCCCUCACAUCUGCGCAAAAAGUCGAGCAGCUAUCUCAAGGCAUCGGUGCGGGCCUUCAAGCGAUCCAUUGAGCUGGAGAGCGGCAAUUCGGAAUUCUGGAACGCGUUGGGCGUGGUGACGAGCGAGAUCAACCCGCCCGUAUCGCAACACGCGUUCGCCAGAAGCCUGCACCUGAACGAGCGCAGCCCCGUGGGGUGGACCAACCUGGGAACUCUGGCGCUGCUGUCGGGGGACAUGAAGCUCGCCAACGAAGCGUACACGCGAGCGCAGUCGGCAGAUCCAGACUACGCACACGCAUGGCUGGGGCAAGCGUUUGUCGCGCUGCUGCUCGGCGAUGCCAAGGAGGCCCGAGGGCUCUUCAUGCACGCCAUGGACAUUGCAGAUUCCUCGUCGUUGCUAAGCCGUCAGCAUUAUUCCGCAUCCGUGUUCGACCACACCUUGAGCGCUCCGCCGGGUAUGAUCGCAGCGUCACUUAUCCAGCCGCUCUUCGCGCUGGGCCAGGUGCGAAGUCUGCGACCCCAGGAUCUCGCCUUUGUCCACCUAUCGACACUAUUCCAGGAACGGACCGGUGACAGGUCGCGAGCUUUGCAGAGUCUGGAAAAUAUAUGUAGCGUCAUCGAGGCCGAGUACGAGACGACGGAGUCGGCAGAUAGCCUCUCGAGGUUCACGCUAGCCAAAACGGACCUGGCCAGGGCGUAUCUGGCUACGGGCUCGUACCAGCAAGCCGUGGAGUGUGGCGAGAUGGCCCUGGGGCUUAGCGGCGAUGAGACGGAGGGCGAGUUGACGAGUGAGCAGAGGAAGAAGGCCAGGCUCUCGGCGCACCUGACUGUGGGCCUGGGUCAAUUCCACCUUGACGAGUUUGCAGAGGCAGAGAAGCGGUUUGAAGCGGCGCUCGAGGAAUCGGGCGACAACCCAGACGCAGCCUGCCUCUUGGCGCAGGUCUUGUGGGCGCAAGGAUCAGAGGCGGCGCGAGAGAGAGCACGGGCGACUCUAUACGGAGUCAUCGAAAAGCAGCCGGAACAUGUGCAGAGCGUGCUGCUACUGGGCGUCGUGGCGCUUCUGGACCAGGACGGGAGCAGCCUGGAGGCGGUGGUGGAGGAGCUGCACGGGCUGCGGGCGAGCGACAAGGUGACGGUGACGGAGCAGUGGCAGAUAGGCGCAGUGCUCCGAGCCAUUGCCGGCAUGGGCGAGGGGCACACGAAGCAGGACGUGUUGACGCAGGUGCAGGAGGACAUUAUGCUCCAUCCCCAUCUGCCCCACGGUUGGAGUUCGCUGGCCGAGGCGACGGGCGACGGCCACGCGGCGCAGAUGGCGCUCAAGGUGGCCGCCCGCGGGCUGCCGCCAAGGGGAUCCCUGGAGGCACAGCACAUUGCGCACGCGCACGCCGGGACGGGCAUGGUGGCCGAUGCACAAAAGGCGGCGCUCCUCGCGCCCUGGGAGAAGGCGGGAUGGGAGGCGCUCCGGGUCGCAACGGAAGCUGUCUAG